AUGAGUGAUGAGUCCGGGAAGCGGAAAUUAUCGAUUCUGAGUGUGAAAAAACUUGGAUCACUGAGCGUUAAGAAUAGAAUCCACCACUGGUUGGACAGCCUUCAAACGCCGUUCAUCGAAGAAUUAACAGAAGUAGGGGGAGAUGAAGCAAAUGAAGGAAAAUGUCCCAAAGACGUCCGGAAUCACGUUAGAGAAGAGUUACUCCCAGUUUCUUCGUGUGAGUCAAGCGCACAGAGAAGUAAUGAAGUCUUCAAAGGAGCUUUUACUCCGUCAGAUACAGAUCUCGGAAAUUUGUUCAGUGAUGAUACCCGUGUACCAGAAGAGAAUGAAGUUCUGCGAUGCGAAGCAACCGAAGAACGUGAUAUUCGACUUCUUCCUGUCGUGGAAGUUCCACCUUGCGUGGAGGAGACUUCCGAUGAACGGAUGUGUGAAAUUGAGACAAAUCGUCUCCCGGAAGAGGUAUCUUCCUCGGUUGAUGACUUCGACCCGAUGGAAAUGUUUCCGUGUCGUGAGCACUUCUCAAGCGUUGAACAGUAUCCUGAGGAAGACAAGAAUAUAUUUUGGAACGACUCAUUUCUUGUAGCCGAGAAUGCAAGUGGUCCCACGGUUGAGAAGCUUUUCUUGUUAAAGCAGAAUCACCCGAAUUUUGUCAUCAAGUUGGGUGCGUUUUUGCGGCAUACUUUUGGUCAAGGAUUGCGAUGGUUCGCUAAGUCUAGAAGAAAAAAGGAUUAUCCUACAUUUUGUGAUCUUUGUGCAAAGUUGGACUUGCAGUUUCAAUUUUCAAAGUCGAUCGGGAAGCGAUGUGGAAAGUUUUACGUGGUGUAUACGUUGCCAUUGGGCGGCGAUAAUGAAUCGUGAUGUUUGUUUUUGUCUGUCUUGAACUGUGUUCAGGUGUCUGUUGAAAAAGUACAGACAUGGUUUUUUUAUGCUGAGCUGUUGAUGCGUUGAUGUUUGACAUGUUUCAGUUUACUGUAUUAUGUAUGUGAUUUAAGUGCUGUAAGGCUUUAUUUUCUUUGUUGUGUAGAAGCUUAUCUCCGACAUUUUUUUUAUAUUCUGGGUGAUGAUUUUGAGGCUUUGGAUUCAGA